AUGGACAAAGAUCCUAAUUUAGAAAUCCAACUCCCUCCUGGAUUUAGAUUCCACCCUUCUGAUGAGGAGCUCAUUGUUCACUAUCUGAGAAACAAAGUGACUUCAUCUCCCCUUCCAGCUUCAUUCAUAGCUGAAAUAGAUCUUUACAAGAAUAAUCCAUGGGAGCUCCCAAGUAAAGCAUUGUUUGGGGAGGAUGAAUGGUAUUUCUUUACUCCUAGAGACAGAAAGUAUCCCAAUGGAGUGAGGCCUAACAGAGCAGCUGGUUCAGGUUAUUGGAAGGCUACUGGGACUGACAAACCUAUUCUUACUUCCUGUGGAAUGAAGAGCAUUGGAGUGAAGAAGGCCCUUGUGUUCUACAAGGGACGUCCACCCAAAGGAUCUAAAACUGACUGGAUCAUGCACGAGUAUAGGUUGCAUGAUUCAUUGAUCUUGAAUUCCAAGCAAAGAAGGUCUAUGAGACUGGAUGAAUGGGUGCUAUGCCGGGUUCGACAAAAAAUCAGCAACCCAAGAAGCAUUUGGGAAGAUUCAAAUGAACUUAGUUAUGAACCAAUUACAAGCCACUUUCAACAAAUGAAUGAGAACUCUAAUCUUGAACCAGUCAAAAUCUCUCUGCAGAAUGAAUAUCCAAUGUUACCUUAUAUUCUGGCUUCUGAGAGUACUCUGCCUAAUUCCAUUGGAAUGGCCUCAAGCUCACGCUCUUGUUGUAAUGAUGAUAUAAAAGAAUAUGCUUCAUUGCAUGAAGACAACUUAAACAUAGUAGGAGCACAGUUCUUAGCAUCUGCAGCUGAGGGCUUCUUUAAUCCGCUGAAGAGAAAAGCCAUUGAAGAAAAUCAGUUGGACCUUUAUGCUCCCCUCAAUAAAAUACUAAGGAAAGAAGUUGAUGAUGGAAAGCAAAAACUUGAAAUAGAUGUAAGCAAAGGGUACAAUUUCAACAACUUUGAGCAUUGGACUUCCAUUAUACAACCUCAAGAGCUUAAUGGCUUAGCCUUCACGGGAUAUACAUGA